AUGACUUGCACCUUGAAAAAGCUCGGACUGGCACUAGUAGCCAUUGCACACAUAUCCGGUACCAACGCCGAGUGUCUCUCGCUCAAAGAGUUCAUUAGCACCAAUGCCACAGCACGGUUUGUGUGGUAUCCGCCCAACGACAUCAAUGCAUUCGACAAGGCAUUGACCGAGUACGUCAACGGACAGUCGAACCUGGACGAGUUCCAAGCGGUAUUCCGGUGCUCCGGGCUGGACAAACUGGGUGGGUUCCAAAAGGACCAUGGGCAAUCAGUAAUCCGGUUCCACCGCAGCAUCAUCUGCGCAGACCUGAUCGCCAGCAAGGACAACACGGACGAAUGCUAUAGGCAGAAUACAAAGGGAAAGCGCGACUUGGAUCCCGGCAUGGAAUUGGUCAAGAUGGCGGCCAUGUGGGUGGAUAGUUUGGAGACUAUUGUUUCGAACUCGACGCUGUGUACGGCUAGCCCGGGGAUCAAUCGCGAGGCCACAUUACAGUCGCUGCGGGACAAGUGCAAGUCGGCGCCGUACAAUGGCGUCAAGGGCAGCUGUGUCAAUGGCGAUGACAACGAGCCUGGGACGUGCGGCUUUCAGCGCGUCGAGGACUGGUGCAAGCACUGCAAGUAUGCGUCGGAUUACCCGGAUGCAUGCAUGACAGCUGGCGUCCACAUCAGCAGUGGAAGCACAAACAGCAUAGCCUCCAAGACCAAAGACUUGGAGAAGCAGGCACACCAGGAGCGGCUGUAUCGGAUAGCCGCCAUCGUUCUCAGCAUCGCAGUCGGCAUCUGUCUGAUAGCACUGAUGAUCCUGAUAGCUGACUUCGGGGCCGAAAACACUGGGCUGGAUGGGGUGUUGGGCAUGGCGGAGCGCGUGGACAAGACCAUGGACUUUGUCGACUGCUUUGUCAGCGCAGUGGGCAAGCCACGGCCAGUAAUACGGCACUUUUUCGCACGGCGCGACGACGAGAUCUCGUUGCAGCAGGGCGAUAUUGUCACGUUGCAGAUGGCGUUUGAUGAUGGCUGGGUGGUUGGCAAGAACUUGACGACAGGCGGCGAGGGCACGUUCCCAUUGAUGUGCGUUAUGGAUAACCUGCCGCCAUCAAUGCCAGCGCAGUGGUCAGUGCUGCCCGAGAGCAAAAUGGCCAGCAAUGAGAACGUGCGCAAGCCGUCGCAAGCAGUGACCCGGUCGCCGCAGAAUGACAGCGGCUCGAUGGUUUCCAACUCCAGCUACUACCACAGUAGCAUUGGGAUCAGCGCCAUGGGCAACAUGUCGGAUCAGGUGCGUCGCGGGGGGCUCGGGAAUGUAAGCCGCAUGAGCAACCUGACUGUAGCGCCAAAUAUCACCCGGACCAAUAUCCCGAGCCAGACGUCCAGCAGAUCUAAAGUGGCAGUCGAGGGCAACCGCGAGAACACCAGCAUUAUUAGCCGGCUACUAGGGGCAUUCGGUCGCACUGGUGCUACUAAUCUGGAGCCGAUGAGCGAGGAGUCGGGCAGCGCUGUCCAGAUGUUCAAGCGGCUAGUGUCGGCGCCGUUUGGGAACCGAGAGACUACAAGCACUGACGCUGGGGUCGAAAAGUCGUCGCACUCGGGUCGGCCCUCGUCGUUCAACGUCAACCAUGUAGUCCAUGUUGGAAUUGACACCCGGCAGUACCCGCGGCCAAGCGACACACCACGCAAUGUGUCGGAUAGCAGACAGAAUGUCAGGGCAGGCGAGCGCGGGUACUUUAGGCAGCCGGCGAUCGAUGGGCGCGAGAUUGCUGAAGUGGUGAGGCAACGGACAGUGGGCAAUGCCAGUGCUGAGACGUACCAGACGGCCGAACAGAUGGUCCACGGCAACAACUAG